AUGAGUCCUCCAAUUGUGAACUUUCCGAGCCUUCAACCCGCCAUUGUUUGGAAGGUCAACGCAGGUGCCGCUCAUCCAGUCGCAUCUCGUGUCGUGCAUGGGGCGUUUACUGACAAGAGGGUCAAGGAAACUCCCACUGGCACGAUUGAAACCGUGGAGGGCUUUGAGCCCCAAUUCACUGGCAAGAUCGACUUUGGUGCUGAUUGGCUUGAGUUCGAUCCGGACCAGAAACAUGCCCGCAUUAACAUGAAGGCUAUUGCCACGACCGAUGAUGACAAGAAGAUCAGUUUCGGAUAUACGGGAACCAUUGAGCUCACUGAGGCGGUGAUGAAAAUCUUCAAUCAGACGCCCGAUUCAGUGAGCGUUCCGUUCGGCUUCAGUAGUGAGUGUUUCCUUCUUACGAUGGCCAUGAUUGAGACUCUUUCUGAGAGAAAUAAUGUUCUAGCCGGUGCCCACUCUUUCUUCAGCGGCGAUCCCUCUUUCAAGGAACUGGAAAAUAUGACCUUGGUGGGCAAUGGGCGAAUGCUAGUCGAUCCAGAGACUCGUAUGAUUACCGUCGAGUCUCGCCUCUCCAGGGUUGUUCCUGCUACGGGAUUCGAUUAA